UACCAAUCCCUGCGGUGUGCUUCCCCGCGGGCCCCCCAGCCUUCACGUGACUUUCCGCGAGACCCAGCGCCCCUAAAAGAACCCAUUACUUACUCUCCACGGGCACUUUUCCCAGGGGUGUUCUGUAGCGGGCGAGCAGCCCCCCCCCUGCGCCCCCCCAGCCACGCCCUGCGGAGCUGAGCCAGCGGGCUGCGGGCGGGCGGGCGGCUGGGGGCCGGGGACUGGGUGUGGGCGGGCCGGGACUGACCCGAGCUGGGUGUGGGCAGGUCACGGUCAGGAAUAGGUGGGCCCAGGGCUGGGUGUGGCCCCCACCCCUCCCCCGCCUGCUGCAUUGCCCUUUCUCUCCCCCUUCCUCCCCGCGCCCCCUUCCUGCGCCCCGCCCCUCCCCCCCAGCCAGCCGCUAGGAGGCCGGCCACAGCGCUGGCAGCCGGGGCGGGGGCGCGGGGGCGCAGGCGCGGGCGCGGGCGCGGCCCUUUAAGGUUCUAGUCCCGAACUCGGGGUGUGGCAGGCGCCUCCUCCCCCCGCCGCCUGUCCCGGGCCUUCCAGAUGCUUCCCAGUCAUGAGUGGGAAGGGUGCCGGCACCCUGGUGGCCGAAGUGAUCAAAGAUCGCCUUUGUUUUGCCAUUCUCUACAGCAGACCAAAGAGUUCAUCAAAUAUACAUUAUUUCAGCAUAGAUAAUGAACUUGAAUAUGAGAGCUUCUACGCAGAUUUUGGACCACUUAAUCUGGCAAUGAUUUACAGAUAUUGUUGCAAGAUAAAUAAGAAAUUAAAGACUGUUACAAUGAUAAGGAAGAAAAUAAUUCAUUUUACUGGCUCUGAUCAGAAAAAACAAGCAAAUGCUGCUUUUCUUAUUGGAUGUUAUAUGGUUAUAUAUUUGGGGAGGACUCCAGAAGAAGCCUAUAGAAUAUUAAUAUUUGGAGAUACACCCUACAUUCCUUUCAGAGAUGCUGCCUAUGGGAGUUGCAAUUUCUACAUUACACUUCUUGACUGUUUUCAUGCAGUAAAGAAGGCAGUGCUGUUUGGUUUCCUUAAUUUCAACACCUUUAACCUUGCUGAGUAUGAAUACUAUGAGAAAGCAGAAAAUGGAGAUUUAAACUGGAUCAUACCAGGUCGCUUUGUGGCCUUCUGUGGACCUCAUUUGAGAACCAAACUUGAAAGUGGUUACUACCAACAUUCUCCUGAGGCUUAUAUUCCAUACUUUAAGAACCACAACGUUUCUACCAUUAUUCGUCUGAAUAAAAGGGUAUAUGAUGCCAAACGCUUUACCUCUGCUGGGUUUGAGCACUAUGAGCUCUUCUUUGCGGACGGCAGUGCCCCCACUGAUGACAUUGUGAGAGACUUUCUGGACAUUUGUGAGAAUGCGGAAGGCGCCGUUGCAGUCCAUUGUAAAGCUGGCCUUGGGCGUACAGGCACGAUGAUCGCCUGCUACCUGAUGAAGCAUUAUCGGAUGACGGCAGCCGAGAGCAUCGCCUGGGUGAGGAUCUGCAGGCCUGGCUCCGUCAUUGGGCCUCAGCAGCAAUUUCUGCUGAUGAAACAGUCAAGCCUCUGGUUGGAAGGGGAUUAUUUCCGUCAGAAGCUGAGUGGUCAGGAGGAUGGCGAGCACAGAGCCGCCGUUUCGAAGCUCCUCCUGGCUGUCGAUGACAUUUCCAUCACCGGGGUGGAGAACCGAAACAAGCAAGAACCUGAGCUGUACAGUGAUGAGGACGAAAUCAAUGGAGUCACACAAGGUGAUAGACUCCGGGCCCUGAAGAGCAGAAGACAGUCCAAAGCAAAUGCUAUUCCCUUCACAGUAAUCCUUCAGUCCAGUGUUCAGAGCUAUAAACCAUCUGACCCUAACAUUUCUGGCAGUACAGGUAUUACUAAAAGAACCACCAGAUCUGCUUCAAGAAAAAGCAGUCUUAAAAGCCUGGUUGCUCAGAGGGAAGGAAGGAAAAGGAAUACUUUGCGACAAAUGCCCUUGCUGGCUCUCUGUCCCACCAUUUCAAGGACUAAAACAGUCUUGCGUUAAGUACAAGCCUGUGACCAGAAGUGAAGGAAGAUUCUAAGAACUGAAAACUACUGUGGGACGUUAUUAGCACAAAACCGAAUUGCAAAAGCCUUAGAUGCUUUCCACCUAAGAAGUUUAUUCAACGGAGCAAAUUCCCAUUGGAGUUUCAAUAACGGAAUGAGUUUGGGUACAGAUGAAUGACCUGAAGGCGGCCCAACUCCCCUUUUAUGGAAACUCUCAACAAACAAGCUGGUGUCCAGUUAGCCUCAGGUGCACACUGGACACACUGCUCAGUCUGUGGUCUGAGUGCCGGUGGGAGCGAGGAGCAAGUCCCUGUGAUGCCAAUCGUUCUAGCUGCUGGCCUUCCGAAGGAGUCCUCUUAGGGAGGUGUUUUACUUAUUUAUUUUCUGUUCACCUUGUGUCAGAGUUUUAAAGGAGGAAACUAGCAUUAGAAAAAUGAGACUUUCUGUAACUUGGUAGUGUUUGCUUUCAUGAUCUUCCCAUUAAUGUCUGUGAUGGUGUGCGGUGGGCGCCCAUGCUGCUUGUUCCCCCCAGAGAGUGCUCUAGUGACAAGAGUCUGUGAAAACCCCGUGGAAAUUCUGCGUGUAUGUUACCAACUUGUACUUUGGAACCUAAAACUUGGAAAAGUUUAGUCCUGGAAGCUUCAGAAGACAGAGAAGAAAGGCGGUUCAUUGGCCUCAGUGCUGUAGGGUAACAAGUCUGAGGGAAUGCUGAGACUGCCUGGUCAAACAGUUUAACACCAUAAUGUCCUCCUGGCUUAGUUUGGGGGAAAAAAAUUGGCUUUUACCUUUGGACCCAGCAUUCUCAGGUAACAGUAGCUUUUAGAAAGAAUAGUUCCAGCUUUAUAGGUCUUUCCCUAUGAAUUUGUGGAUUUGUUAUCAUGUGAUGUGAUCAGCCUAAGGCCAUUCACACGUCCUUUGAUUUAGGUAACAGUUAUAGUGGCAUCUGAAUUUCACUUGUUUGUAAGUAAGAAACUCACAGGUUGCCUUUGGUUAGGGAGUACAGCUAGUAACUCCUUUUGUAGAGUGCCUUUUUCCCUCAGCCCCACAGAGCCAGAGUGUCUGUCUCUCUCUCUCUCUCUCUCAAGCAGUCUCUCCCUCCCCCUCUCCUUCCUUCCCUUCUCCUUCUCCCCUCCCCCUUCCUUUUCUCUCCCCCUCCUCCUUCCCCUUACUCCUCUCUCUCUCUCUUUCUCUCUCUCUCUCCCUCCCUCUUCCCCCAUCUCUCUCUCCCUCCCUCUUCCCCCAUCACUCUCUCUCUCUCUCUCUCUCUCUCUCUCUAUUUGCUGCUAAGAAAAACUUGGGCCCCAAGGUAAAGAACAUUUUGCAGUCCCCUUGGUCACAUCCUUAAUUAGUGAAUGCUUUUGGUUAUUAGCCAGUUUUCACCUGUUCUAGCUUGGAGAAUUGGGGAUAAAAGCAGUUGAGCAGAGGCAAGACCUGCACAUUUCCAGUUGGCCCGAUAAGGCUGUGGGUAGUUACGUUGACAGAACAAAGCUGCCUUUUUUUUUCUUUUUUUUAAGCUUGUGAGACCUGCGGAGUGGUUAGAAUAAAUUCUGUGGGUGUGCUUAAGAAGCAGUGGCUCCAUUUUGGUGUUCGCCCCAUUUGAAGGGAGAGUGGGAAGGCCGUGGUAGUGGAGGGAGAACUUUGCCGCCUCUGAACCAGUGCUUCUUGUGUUCAGAGUGGAAAGACCCACUUGCCUUGGAGCAGAGAUGUUCCAGUCAACCGCGUGAACUGGAAGGCAAUAUUCAGUAGAUAAACCAUGCCCAGGCAUAAGCCAUGGAAUUCUCAGGGCGCACUACCCCCCUCCCCCCUUUGCAUGUAUCUGUCAAGGUGGAGUCCUGAUCUAGAGAGUUGGGAAAAACAAAGCCCGUCAGAGGUAUAAACCGUCUGCCUUUCUCUUACCUAAGAGAGAUUGAGGACACUGCUGACUCCUGUAGUGCAUUGGCUGUUGGCAACUGGACAUCAGUGAAACAUUUGGACUUCAGUGUUAAUCACAACUUUUUCUCAUACAAAUUGCCUUUUUGUUUUGACUGCUCAUUUCCAGAUAGAAUUGCUGUCAGAUGCUUGUAUUUCCUGGUCUCGUUGAAAGGAGUCUUAGGAAACAGGAUUUGGUAACAUUCCUCGUAACCCAGAAGAAUUGGCAUACUGCCUCAAGAGCUGCUGCUUGGAUCUGGGGAAUCUCGGGGUCUGAAUCAAGGGACGCCUUCUGCUGUGAAUCAGAUGGACACUCCCCUUCUCCCCUCCACACCUCAAGUGCAACUUCAACAUACCCAGAAUCUUGCUCGAUUUGAAAUUCUGAGUCCUGGUUCCAGAUCUUAUUGCUGUUGGAUGGGAAACAGGACAUGUCAGGAGAGAGUGAUCCACUUAAGAGCCUUAAAUAGCUUUGAAAUUAAACCCAGAGAGUUUCCAUUGAAAUCAGAUUUAGAAAUGAGUAUUCUUAGGUGCCCGUGGAGCUUUUCAGGAACUCUAAUCAGCAUGCCAGGAGCUGCCCACAGGAAGGGUGUCUGUCUGCAAAGUGACCGAAGGAAAAGGUACCUGCUGCCCAGCGAGAAUCCAAGCAAGGCUCAUGACCAGCAGCCACACUUGGUUGCUCCUGUGGCUCCUACCACACACUGCCCCUCUGCUCCUGGGUCUCUGCUCUCCAUGCAUCUUCCUCUGCCGUUUCCUUCUCUCCAAGGGUUACUUCUACCUCUUGUUUUGGACCCAGACACAGUUGGUUCUCUAGCGUCUCAUGGAUGUUGGGAGCCGUUGGACCGGCCCUGCUGGGGGUUCGUUCACACCUGGGGCCUCAGAGCCUCUGCUGGAAUCAGUGCCCAGGGCCUGUGAGGGGCGCAUGUGCUGCUUUUGAUGUCCAUUCUCAGAGUAGCUUGGCUGUGUCUCUCCAAACACUUUUAAAAGUAAUUGUUGGGGCCGGAGCGAUAGCACAGCGGGUAGGGCGUUUGCCUUGCACGCGGCCGAUCCGGGUUCGAUCUCCGGCAUCCCAUAUGGUCCCCCAAGCACCGCCAGGAGUAAUUCCUGAGUGCAAAGCCAGGAGUAACCCCUGAGCAUCGCUGGGUGUGACCCAAAAAGAAAAAAAAAAGUAAUUGUUGCAUUUGGGGAAGCAGUGCUCAAAAACAGGUUUUAGAAAUAUCUAAACACAGACCACAGGGGCCAGAGUGAUAAUACAAAGGGUAGGCACAUGCCUUGCUCAUGGCUGAUCUAAGUUUGAUCCCCAGCAUCUCAUACGGUCCCCUGUGCACCCCCAGUAGUUCUGAGCACAAAGCCAGGAGUAACCCCUGAGCAUUGCUGGGUGUGACUUCCCCCCUCACCCCUGCAAAAAAAUUUUUUUCCCCUCAAAAGCAGGCCACAAAGAAACUAUAGCUGGUAAGGAAUUUGCCUUGCUUGUGGUCGACCUAGUUCAAUCCCUGGCACCCCAUGUAGUUCCCCAAACACCACCAGAAGUUAUUCCCUGAGCACAGAGCUAGGAAUAAGCCCUGAGUGCCACAGGGUGUGGCCCCCCAAACGAACAAAAAUAGUCUUUUGAUAAUUAUUUUCUCCUCAGCCUACCUUGGUGGGGCUACCCAUCUCCCACAUCUGUCUUCUCCACUUUGGCAAAGUGGAAAUUCUAAGAUGUGUUUUAAAAACUGGAUGACACAUCUCCAUGGUGUAGGAAAUUACCUCCUUAAUUGCCCAGUAGAAUCAACCAGCUGAGCAGACUUGUUUAUCUGGUCACAGCAUCGCAAUUUUAUAUUAGUGACUUGCAGACUUUGACCUACACUCAUGUAUAGAUUAUAUUUUAAAGUGUAACUGAUGAAUCAGUAUUUGAUCUAUCAUUGUCCUGAUUUUUUAAUCAAAAUGUAUAUUUCUAAUCAUUUUAUAAAACAGAGAAAUGGUUGAAUGAUUGUUUAUUUUCUUGAAGGUAUUUUUAAGAUAAAGCUUCAAUAUAGGCCUGGAAACUUUGCUAUCUAGGUAGUUUGAUAUGUUGUUGCAUUGCAAACCUUGUGUAUUGUAACUGGUUUUAUACAAAUAUGACUAGUGAAAAUUGUAUAAUUAUAAUGAUGCAAUUAAAAGUAUUAACAGCC